AUGACCUUCCCAGGUGACUCUUCGGGCUUCAAUCACCUCCGAGCUGCGGAGAUCAAGCACGGCCGAUUUGCCAUGAUGGCCGCGACGGGGUCCUUGUUUGCGUCGUUUGUGAAGCUCCCGGGAUUUGAAGAUGUGCCAACCGGAUUGGCGGCCUUGAACACUACGAAGGGCCUGGAAGGUUUCUCUCUCCUUUUCUUCUUGAUCGCGGGCCACGAGGCCGUGACAUGGAAGCCCGUGAAGGAGCCGGGAAGCUUUGGCGAUCCCUUCAAGUGGAACCAGUUCACCUCGGAGAUGCGCACGAAGGAGCUGAACAAUGGGCGCAUUGCUAU